UAAAACUGCCGUCCCAUAUCAGAUGUGUAACGUUUGGGUGUUUUGGUGACUUACUUUUGUGAACUCCAUCUUGUAAAUAUGAUUUCAUUCAAGGCUAUUGUCGUUGUUUUAGCAAUUAUUUUUGGAAUGGCUCUUGGCGCACCUAGUUAUGGUGGAUAUCAUAAGCACGUGAGAAUUAUCGUUCCUCAUCACGUGCAUACAGUGCACCAUCAUCACGUUGAGAAGAUUCAUGUACCAGUUCAUCACCAUCAUAUCGAAAAAGUCCAUGUUCCAGUACAUCAUCACGUUGAACAUGUGCACGUACCAAUUGAAACGCACGCACAUGAGGGCUGGUGGUAAUUCACACAGAGAAGUUAUAAGUCGUUACAAUAAAAGUUACCAAAACAGUCAAACCAACCAGGUGAUAGAAAUAACGGAAAGUGCAAGAUAUACCUAGAUAUUAUUUUAGAUGUUAGUCUCUGUAGUUCCAAAUAUCUGUUACCAUCUGAUUUAUUAGUUUAAGGAAUUGUUAACUUUAUUACAUGUUGCAAUAAAAUGUAUUUUUAUAUUAAAAUAAUAAAUUGUAAUGUUUCUUAA